GACGAAAUAUUUGGCACCGCCUCAUCAAAACACAAUUUCCUGUUGGCUUGUGGAGCUGCUGCACCGCGUUCCAGUGUGCCGUAUCUAACCAUCCGCACGCAAAUACGCAAUCAAGCAUCAGGAACCAGCGCGUUAGCGUGCUACCACCGGACGCCAUUUUCACCGACGCUACCGGACUACAGAGUACAGACUCGUUACUCGUCAUCAUUCAUAUCCUCGCAUCCGCCGGAAUUUACAUUUUCUAAUCGGUCGUUGUUGUUCGGUCGCUCGUCAUUUUUUGACACCAUGGACAACAGCUCUGAACGUGUUCCACCAAACGACCCGCCCGCACAGAAUAACAACAAUGGUGGCAACGGCAAUGACAACGACCAUAAUGUCGACAACGGCAACGACAACGAUAUCGCCAACGACAACGAUAUCGCCAACGACAACGGUGUCGGCAACGACAACGAUGUCGGCAAUAACCACACCGUCGGCAAUAACCACACCGCCGGAACCACUGGUAUUAUGCCUUCUCCAAGUCAUAAGCCUGCUACGCCUUCUCUAAGCUCAAAACGCAUCACAAAAUCACUAGAGUCUACUAUUCCUAUCUGUGAUAUGAAAAUUUAUGAAAAUUGUCUGAAGUCAUUUAAAAAAUGGCCAUCAGAAUGUAUUACACCUGAUAAAUUGGCUAGGGCUGGAUUCUAUUAUACAGGCAUACAAGAUAAAGUGAGAUGUUUAUACUGCCCAAUUGGAUUUGAAUGCUGGGGAAAGGAUGACGAUCCGUAUAUUGAACAUAAAUUGGCAUCUCCAGAGUGUCCAUAUUUCAAGGAAAAACUAGAUCACAAAUCUGAUGUUUUGACAACUUAUAUUCAAAAUUUCUUACGUUCCGUUGGUAUUGUGACAGACACGAAUAUGAAAGUACUCUCAAAUUAUAAAGCAUUAACCUCUUUGGAAUCUCGUAAGAAAACAUUUGAAACAUUCACAAAAAAACUAACCCAUGAUGUUAAAACUUUUUGUAAAGCUGGGCUAUUUUAUAUAGGUGAAAACGAUAGGAUGUUAUGUUUCUGCUGUAACCAAGGUCUGAUGGAUUGGGAAGUUGAUGAUGAUCCUUGGGUUGAACAUGCACGGUGGUCACCACUUUGCAGUUAUGUUCUUUUAAGUAAAGGAAAACGUUUUGUGGAAGAGGUUGGUGGUGAAGUAAACUAUAGUUUACGAAUCAACCUAGAGGAAUUGUACAAGUUAUUUACCAUUCACAAACAUAUUUCGGUUGACAGCAAUACCAUGAGGAAUUUGGAAACAUUAACCGAAAGUAAUACAUUCAUGGACUUUGUGGAACCUGUGACAAUUAUACGCGUGACUCCACAAGAUCCAUCUGCACCUGAUUCUGUGUUAUGUAAGAUUUGCUUUAAAGAAAAAUUGGAAGUGCUUUUCAUGCCUUGUGGUCAUGUUAUUGCUUGUAUCCAAUGUGCAGUGACACUUGAUCUGUGUGCUGUAUGCAGACAACCGUUUACCAUGACUAUGAGAGUUGGCCUUUAUGUUACUAAUCUAAAAGAAUUCAGUCAUUUUCCAUUCACCAUUCAUUCAAAUGAACUAAUUGAUCCAGUUCUUUGUAAGGUUUGUUGCAAAGAAGAUAUGCAAGCUGUAUUUUUACCAUGUAGACACAUAUCUACUUGUUAUAAAUGCGCACCAAAAGUAAAUCAAUGUCUGGUAUGUUUUGAGCCAGUAUAUGCAUAUAUGCAAGUGUUCUUAUAGCAUUUAUAUAAGAUGAAAUGAUCUAAACCUAAUUAAGAUAUCAAAACAUUUAAAUAUACGAACAUAAAUAAUGAUUUUUUUUUUCUUCAGCUUAAUAUUAGUUUGUUAAUUAUUUAAUAAGAAUUUAUAAUUUUAAGAAUCAAGUUAGAAUUAAGCGAAUGGAACAAUAUUAUCAUACUUGACUGAUUUUUUUUUUUGUCUUAAAUAUUACAUUAAUUUUUGUUUAGGUUAAAUCAAAUUAUUUUUGUUUUUUAAACCUGCCUUUUUUAUUACUGUAUAAACUAUAAGGGGCAGUAUUACCAUCUCCCGUUAAAUUUAACAGACUCCUAACCGGCCGGUAAUAAAAUCUAUUAUCAGCCGGUUAAGCGUAAUCGAAGCAUACCGAUGAUUGUAAUACUGUCCCUAAAUGUAUUGACAAUAUAUUAUAAUUAAAAAACUUGAUUUAACAUCAAUAGGAAAAUAUAAAUACCUUAGGCACCAUUCAGUUUAUUAUUAAAAAGUAAAAAUAUAUCAGUACACUUAAUAUUAAGUUAACUUUCUAUUCAAGCGUUUUAACCAAAAAUGUAUACAGUUAUAUUAGUAAAGUUAUUUAAUCGUUUUCUUAUACUUUACUUUAAUUGUAAAUUAAAUUAUCACAUCAAAUGCACAUUUGUAUUCAUUUUUGUGAAAUAAUUUUGUAUGUCAGAACAACAGUUCUAUUAAGUAUUAAUAAUUAAGUUCAUUAAUUAAUAUUGACAUUUUAUUUUAAUACCUUUUUUAUAUGUAAGUAUAAUUUAAGACUGUAAUAUUGUAUUGCCAAUAUUAUUUAUUUUUUAUUCCUUAUGAUACAUUUUAUAUAAAACAUUAAUUUGAUACCAAACAAAAAAUAUUCUGUAAAUGAAUAUUUCUUAAUUGCCUGCCACUAAAAGUGUUAAAUUCUAAGGUUAGAAAAUAAGCUUUAAUUAAAUUGUAUAUUAUACCAUUCCUGGAUUUAUAAGUAGAAAAAAUGAAUUUAUUAUUUUUGGGUGGAACCCGGAACUUGAUGACUUAGAUGUGUUCGUAAAAUCAACAAAAAAAACUGUCCAUAAAGAAAAUAAUGUCAAAAAUUUUAAAAUUACUCAUGAAAUAUUGUUUUGAUAUACAAAUUUUAUAAUUAAAUUUAAUUAAAAAUAUAUAUAUAUUAGUAUAUAUCAUUAUGUACGAUAGAUAAUUAAAUUUUUUUACAAGUCAACUUUUCAAUAGUUGGAGGAAGAGCCACUAUUUUAAAACAAUAUAAUAUAGUCAUGAUGCAAAAAUUGAUCAAAUAAAAAUGUUUUUUUCAAUUGGUCAAUUUUCACAUGUUGGCAUCUAUGUUGCAGAAGCCAUGCAAAAAUUGACCAUCUGAAAAAAUAAAAUAAUUAUAUAAAUUUAAAGUAAAAACUCUCAUCUCCAUUUUUUUAACUUUUGGUCUAGCAUUGAACACAAAUGUAGAAACAACAUCACGAGUUCAUAGUAUAUAAUAUUUUUGUGUUUAUUCUGUAAUUUAUUUAUCAUUGCCAAUACCGGGAAUUUUAUAUUAAUAUCGUAAUAAAUAUAUUUUAUAAUUUCAAAUAGUUGUUUGUAUUUUACAUAAUAAAUUAAUCAAGUUUGGCCCUGAGGCAGUAUGCGCUCUAUCACAAAAUGUGUUCUACCACAGUCUGAUUUACCGUGUAAGAAUGAUUUAAAUGUAAUUACUGUUGGACCAUCAUUUUUUUUAUGGAAUUCUGGAUUUAUCUCUAAAUCUAUCUUACCUAAUUUUUUGAAAUAAAAUCAUGUAUAUUGUUA